AUGGGGCUGCAGGGCACUAAUUGGGUGGUUGUCUGUGUGUUUGGGGAAGGGGUGGGGACAGGAGAGUCUCUCUUGGUGCCCAAGCAUGUGUGCAACUUCCUGCCACCGAGGGAACAGUAUAAACCAACACUCGCUUCUCCUUUCUCCACUGUGGUCUCUGGCUGGCAGGGAGCCCCAGAUCCCCGUGGCCUCGGCCGGCUUUCCCAGCCGUACAUGGGAGGAGAGAUGCCCUGGACCAUUCUGCUGUUUGCAUCUGGCUCCUUGGCCAUCCCUGCACCAUCUAUCUUCCUGGUGCCCCCCAUCCCAAGCAGCCGUGAGGAUCCCAUCUACCUCUCAUGCACAGCCCCCAAGGACAUUCUCGGGGCCAACUUCACCCUGUUCCGAGGGGGAGAGGCGGUCCAGCUCCUACAAGCCCCCUCAGAUCGGCACAGUGUCACAUUCAAUGUGACUGGUAGUGGCAGUGGUGGCAGCAGUGAGGCUGCAGGGGGCAUCUUCCGCUGUCAGUAUGGUGUGCUGGGAGAGCACAGUGAGCCCCAGCUGUCGGACUUCAGCCAGGAGGUGCAGGUCUCCUUCCCAGUCCACACCUGGAUCAUGGCACUCUCCCUGAGCCUGGCUGGCGCCGUCCUCCUCUCAGGGCUGGUGGUCAUCGCAGUGCUGGUGAGGAAAGCUAAAGCCAAAAACUUACAGAUGCAGAGAGAGCGUGAAUCCUGCUGGGCUCAGAUCAACUUCACCAACACAGACAUGUCCUUUGAUAACUCUCUGUUUGCCAUCUCCACGAAAAUGACUCAGGAAGACUCAGUGGCAACCCUGGACUCAGGGCCUCGGAAGAGGCCUACCUCUGCAUCGUUCUCUCCAGAGCCCCCUGAGUUCAGCACUUUCCGGGCCUGCCAAUGAGGCUGAAGAAUGAGGACCUCUUUAUCCAGUUCUUUCAUUCCCACAGCCCCAGGCUGCAGAAGCUGGCCAUCUGUCUGGAGACUCGGCAGUAGGGAGGAGUCAAGCCACAGCUUUCUUAUGGAACGACUGGCCAAAGGAAGGGGACGCCUGGUGUUGUGACCUUCCUCAUAGAAGACAAUUAGUUGGGGUAUCAGCCUAUGGGCAGAGAGAAAACCAGAAGCCUCUGUAGAGAAGGGUCACUCUUGAAUCAGGACACCCAGCCAGGCCUAAGAGGUUACAUUCUGUACCGACUUUCCUGUGCUUCCCCAACUGCAAUUGACUUCCAGACUGGGUGUUUUAUUUGGGGGAGAGAUGUGUAUAUUUUUGUUGCUGUUGUUUUCAGAUAAGGUCUCACUGUGUAGUCCUGCCUGAACUGGAAGUUACUGUGUAGACCAGGCUGGCCCACAAUAGAGAGAGAUCCACCUGCCUCUGCCUCCAGAGUGUUGGGAUUAAAGUACCUGCCACAA